AUGGUCGCUUCAUAUCAUGUCAAUUACCCUCCCCUCGAUGGAUCUCUGUCCUUCCCUCAAUUGGUUGAAUUCAAUGCGCAACAUAACUCGGACGUCCCUUUCUUUGUCUACGACAAACCUGACAGCAACGACCUGGUCUCUAUCUCUCACUCAGACUUCUAUCGAGCUUGUCAUCGGGCUGCCCAGGCAAUUAGAACAGCCUUCGCAGGCGCACAUAAAGAAGUGGUCGCCCUCAUCGUGAACUCCGACACCCUUCUUUACCAGACAGUAUUCAUGGGUAUCAUCUUCGCUGGGCUAGUUCCAUUCCCCAUGUCCCCUCGUAAUUCGGUCCCAGCAGUCACGAGCAUUCUCUCGCUUCCCUCAUCGACGGGGUCGAAGCGGAUCUUAUGUCUGCCACUCAAACGAGCCAGCUACAGAUUGACGAGAUUUCCGGCGCUGGAAUACCUCUACCCCUCAUUCGUUAGUGGUACUCCCAAUGAGGCUAUUGUCCCGUACUCUUCCCUAGGUUCGCCGUCCUCUUGGAACGAUGUAUUAUUCUACCUGCACUCCUCUGGCAGCACUGGCUUCCCUAAACCUAUUCCACUAACUAACUUGACUGCCAUCCACUGGUGCAUGACGCCAUCUAUUUCCGACCUCAUCAACUUUCCCACUCCUAUUCGCAUCUGUGCUGCGUCCUUACCAUCGUUCCAUACCCUUGGUAUAUAUUUUCAGCUGGUCACCCCUAUCGCCACCUUGAGCAGUGUGUCUAUUUACCCGCCUACAUCCUUCCUCGAUCCCUUGGCGACGCCUGUAGUACCCAACUCGCAAAAUAUCCUGGACUCUAUACUCAAGACCAAAUCAAAUGCUUUGAUAGUCGUGCCUGCCUUUCUGGAACAAUGGGCGUCUUCGCCGAGUGCUGUCGAUGUUCUGAAGAACCUCGAAUACGCUGCCUAUGGUGGCGGUCCUCUCGCGCCUAAGAUGGGAAAUGCUCUGGCGGAUGCAGGGGUCAAGCUUACUUGUGGCUACGGCGCUACAGAAUUUGGUGUCAUCACUCAUUCCAUCCGAGAUUCGGUCGAUCAAAAGUUUUGGGACUGGUUGCGAUUUGGACCAAAUUCCAAGAUCAGAUGGGCUCCACAGGACGAUGGCACAUAUGAAUGUCAAGUUUUGACAACCCCGACGCAUCAAGUAUCAGUAGAGAAUCUUCCAGACGUCAAGGGUUAUGCUACUUCAGAUGUAUUUAUCAAGCACCCGACCGUAGAGGGUUUGUGGAAGAUUGUAGGAAGGAUCGACGACGUUUUGGUACUCUCGUCCGGGGAGAAGACAGUACCGGCUCCCAUGGAAAGCAUUGUCUGUGCUAACCCCUACGUAACCGCCGCCGUCAUCUUUGGCCGUGGACGCAAUCAAGUUGGGAUCCUCAUAGAGCCACAAUCAGGGUCUGAAAUUGAUGUUGAUGAUGAAGAGCAACUUGCUGAGUUUAGGAACCGAGUGUGGCCGGACAUAGAGGAAGCGAAUAAGGAGGCUCCUGCCUUCAGCAGGAUCUUCAAAGAAAUGAUUCUUGUGGCACACAGUAAGAAGCCCAUGCCUCGAGCUGCAAAAGGGACCGUCAACAAGAAAGUAGCCGUCAAGUUGUAUGAGGAGGAGAUUAAUGCCCUAUAUGAAAAGGUGGAGAGCAGCGCUAGAGCAGGUAUUGAUGUACCUUUGCCUACAAGCUGGACUGCGGAAGAGGUCGAGGGAUGGCUCAAGGUCCACGCUGCCGCUGUGAACGCCGACAAGGAAGUUGAUCCUGAUGCGGACCUUUUUACUCAGGGCUUUGACAGUCUCUCUGCGACAUUUCUCAAAAACCGCAUUAUCGGCUCUCUCAGUUCGUCUUCAGAUCGUGACCUUCAGGCAUCAGCAUCGCGGAUUGACCAGAACAUCAUAUUUUCAAGUCCUUCGAUUCGCCAGCUCGCGAGAAGCGUCAUUAAUGCAGUAUUGCAGCAGGAUGGUGCAACCGUCGACGCCAAGACUGAUAUCGAGAACAUGAUCGAGAGGUAUUCAGUCGGAUUAGGGAACUCUGUCACAGAGGCCAACACCACUCUAGUCAAUGGGCGUAGCCAAAGCAAUCAUGGGGUUGUCCUGACCGGGUCUACGGGUGGACUUGGCUCAUACCUGCUUGCAGAUCUACUCCAGCGCGAGGACGUGUCUGUGGUAUAUGCGUUUAAUCGCCCGUCAAAGGGGACAUCUAUACAACAACGACAGGAAGAUGCGUUCGAAGAUCGCGGUUUAGAUUUUUCCGUGCUUCAGUCAGACAAACUGGUGUAUGUAGAAACUGAUACAUCCCAUGACAACCUAGGUCUGGAUGAAGAGUUAUAUCAGAAGAUCCGCACGUCUGUUACUGUCAUCAUUCACAACGCUUGGCGACUCGAUUUUAAUCUGGCGCUCUCUUCAUUCGAUUCUCACGUGAGGGGAAUGAGGAAUCUUAUAGACCUGGCACUAUCUUCUCCCCGUCGUCCAAAGCCGCGUUUCAUGUUCGCAUCUUCCAUCUCAUCUGCUCAAAGUUGGGAUCAAGCGAAGGGACCAUUCCCAGAAGAGGUAGAAUACGACGCAGGGGUCGCAGUGGGCCUUGGCUAUGGCGCGAGCAAAUACGUUUCGGAAAGGAUUCUCGUCAAUAGCAAGUUACCGGCAUCAUCGUUCAGAAUUGGACAAGUAUCAGGAGGACCCCCGCGAGGAGCUUGGUCCACGACAAACUGGGUACCGAUCUUCAUUAAAUCAAGUAUAAGUCUAGGCGCACUUCCGGAAGCUCAAGGAUUUGUGUCUUGGAUCCCUCCCCACGCCAUAUCAAAUGCCAUUCUUGAUGUAGCUUUCGCGGAAGAAGAACCUUCCAUCGCGGUGAAUCUGGUGCAUCCGAAACCGACUGCAUGGAAGGCGUUGAUACAGCCUAUUGCGGAUGCCUUGGUUGAGCAUAAAGUAACAAGUCACCCGCUACCUCUUGUGCCAUUCUCAGAGUGGUUCGAAAGGCUUGAAUCGAGUGCCAAGGACGCGAGCGAAGAGACCAUGAAACGCAUCCCUGCUAUCAAGCUUCUCAACUUUAUGCGUGCCAUGGCUCAUUCAGACACCGCGAUCAGGGCGUCUGGAAAGAUGGACUCCGAAGCGGGUGGCUUGACUUUAUUCGCCACCGCUGUAGCCGAACGCGUCAGUCCAACGAUGAAGGAACUGAAGCCGCUGUCUUCGGCAGACGCGGCACAGUGGUUGGAUUAUUGGAUGGCAAUGGGGAUGUUUGAAUGA